AGAGAUGACAGAUCGACAAAAAAGUCUCCUUUUACCGGCCACGUAGUCUGAUUCAUCUUCAUAACAAAAUGCCGUUAAAAUUAGAUAUCAAGCGAAGGCUUACUGCCCGUUCCGAUCGAGUUAAAAGUGUUGACUUGCAUCCAACUGAGCCAUGGAUGUUGGCCUCCCUAUAUAACGGAAACGUUCACAUUUGGAACCAUGAAUCACAACAAAUCAUCAAAUCCUUUGAGGUUUGUGAUUUACCUGUUCGUGCUGUUAAAUUUGUCCCAAGAAAAAAUUGGGUUGUUAGUGGUUCAGAUGAUAUGCAGGUUAGAGUAUUCAAUUACAACACACUUGAUCGUGUGACAGCAUUUGAAGCUCAUUCUGACUAUGUUCGUUGCAUUGCUGUCCAUCCCACUCAACCCUUUAUAUUGACCAGCAGUGAUGACAUGUCAAUUAAAUUGUGGAAUUGGGAAAAGAACUGGGCAUGUCAACAGGUUUUCGAAGGACAUACCCAUUAUGUUAUGCAAAUUGUCAUUAAUCCUAAGGAUAAUAACACAUUUGCCACUGCCUCUCUUGAUAGAACAGUCAAGGUUUGGCAGUUGGGCUCCAACAGCCCUAAUUUCACACUUGAGGGCCAUGAGAAGGGCGUCAAUUGUGUGGACUAUUACCACGCUGGCGACAAACCUUAUUUAAUUUCCGGAGCAGAUGAUCGUCUUGUAAAAAUUUGGGAUUAUCAAAAUAAAACGUGCGUGCAAACCCUUGAAGGACAUGCUCAGAACAUUUCAUCAGUUGCUUUUCAUCCUGAACUUCCAAUUCUCCUUACGGGCUCUGAAGAUGGAACAGUCAGGGUCUGGCAUUCAAAUACCUAUCGGCUGGAGACUACACUCAAUUAUGGUUUGGAACGUGUCUGGACAAUUUGCUGUUUACCCGGCUCUAAUAACAUCGCCCUGGGUUAUGAUGAGGGAUCUAUCAUGAUCAAGUUAGGUAGAGAAGAACCUGCCAUGUCGAUGGACCAAAGCGGAAAAAUCAUCUGGGCUAAGCAUUCAGAGAUCCAACAAGCUAAUCUCAAAGCGCUGCCAGACUCAGAGAUAAAGGAUGGCGAACGCCUUCCGCUGGCUAUCAAAGAUAUGGGUGCUUGUGAGAUCUAUCCGCAAACAGUAGCUCAUAAUCCAAACGGAAGAUUCGUCGUUGUUUGCGGUGACGGCGAGUAUAUAAUCUACACAGCUAUGGCUCUACGCAACAAGGCUUUCGGCUCAGCGUUGGAAUUCGUAUGGGCAGUUGAUUCCUCCGAGUAUGCCGUUCGCGAAAGUGCCACAUCUGUUAAAGUUUUUAAGAAUUUCAAGGAAAAGAAGCAGUUUAAACCUGAGCUUGGAGCAGAAGGAAUUUUCGGUGGAGCAAUGCUUGGUGUCCGGUCAGCCAACAGUUUAGCAUUCUAUGAAUGGGACAAUCUCACGUUGAUUCGCCGAAUUGAAAUCCAACCACGCGGUGUGUACUGGUCGGAGAAUGGAGAAUUAGUUUGCAUUUCUACCGAAGAUAGCUAUUUCAUUUUGCGUUAUGAUGCUGAUGCUGUAGCCAAGAGCUUCGAAACCAAGGAAGGCCUUACAGAUGAUGCUGGGAUCGAGACGGCUUUCGAUAUGUUGUCCGAAGUGCAAGAGAGUGUCAAGACGGGCCUUUGGGUUGGCGAUUGCUUUAUCUACACCAACAGUGCCAAUCGCCUGAAUUAUUACGUCGGUGGAGAAAUUGUGACAGUCGCCCAUCUUGACAGAGUGAUGUACUUGUUGGGGUAUAUUCCCAAGGAUAAUAGCCUUUACCUGGGCGACAAGGAGUUGAAUGUUGUCUCCUAUGGAUUGCAGCUCUCGGUGCUGGAGUAUCAGACGGCGGUCAUGCGACGAGAUUUCGAAACCGCUGAUCGAGUUCUCCCCUCAGUUCCCAAAGAACAACGUACCAGAGUUGCACACUUUCUCGAGAAACAGGGAUUCAAGGAACAAGCUUUGGCCGUUUCUGCUGAUCCCGAACAUCGUUUCGAACUUUCGCUCCAACUAGGACAAUUGCAACUAGCCUACCAGCUGGCUUGCGAGGCCCAAAGUGAACACAAGUGGAAGCAACUUGCCGAUUUGGCCACAACUAAAUGCCAGUUCGAGUUAGCUCAAGAGUGUCUUCACAAGGCCCAAGAUUUUGGAGGUCUCCUCCUCUUGGCCACUGCGUCCGGCAACGCCGAAAUGGUGCAACGGCUGGGCGACGACGCCAUCGGAGCUGGCAUGAACAACGUUGCGUUUUUGACGCGCUUCCUCAGUGGCGACUUGAACGCUUGCCUUGAGAUUUUGAUCAAUACCCAACGCAUUCCCGAGGCUGCCUUCUUUGCACGCACCUACCUGCCCAGCCAAAUCUCUCGCGUCGUCCAGCUCUGGAAGCUUAGCCUUAGCCAGGUCAAUGCCAAAGCCAGUCAGAGUCUGGCCGAUCCAGCCCAGUACGACAAUCUCUUCCCAGGUUUGAUGGAUGCUUUGAAGACGGAGCAGUUUCUUGAACAGAGACGCCAGCAGAUGCCGGCCUCUGCUUACCCUGCGCUGCCCCACAACUGGGAGAGACAUCCUGUUGACGAGAUGCGUUUGGCUGAACAAAAUGAUCAGUUUCAUCACGUUGCAUGCGCCAAAGUGUCCUUUGUAGAAGAAGAAAAAGAAGUUGAAGAAGCCAGUGAGCAGCAUCAUUCGAUCGCUUCCGUCAGUGCGGUACCAGAGUCUGCUACGAAGCCUGCAUUUGAGGCCGCCAAUCAACCUAAAAAUCUGUUGGACGAUGACGCGGAAGAUUUCCAGUCUGCGGAUUCUGACACCAAAUCAGCUCAGGCUUCCAGCCAACUUGACCGUGAUCUGGAACUUGACUUGGAAAAUCUUGAGUUAGACGAUAACGUCGAUACGUCCGAAGUUAAUUUGGACGACGACCUCCUCGACGAUUAAAUAUGGCAGUGAACCACCACCUAUAAUGAUUUUUUGUUUUCUACAAAUAUUUUUGCCCAUGUUUUGUUUAAGUUUUCAGCGUCUCGUGGCUGAUACCCAAAUAAUUGAUAUCAUCUAACUACUUGUCGCUUGAGAGGCAUCCAAUAGUAAUGGGGAAGACGACGUGGAAUUUUCCUUUUCCAUAGUGUUGCUAAGUGUUUCGCCGUUCCACCAUUCGCCACAAACGAAAUAAUUUCAACUACAUUCUUGUUAUACUUGAACUGAAUUUUUCUUUUAGUACAAUAUAAAAGUACUAUCCUUCA